AAAUGUGCUAAAUCUAGAGUCAAAUUCACUAAAUUUUUGGUCUGUCAGUCUAUCAAAUCUAGAGUUUCUAGAAUAACSGGAAUCACCCAAUGACACGAAAGAUUCUGUGUGGAAAAUCUGAAGAACUACGGAAGCAUACAGUACCAAGGAAAAAGAGCGAAACACUGGAGGCAAAACAAAACCCCCUUGCUUCCUUUGGAAAGUAUUCUUUGCUUCCCUUUGUUGCAACACCAAAAGUUCCCCUUUGGUUCCCACUAAAAUCCCGAUCCACCGAGAGRUCCUCUUGUUUCGAUUCAGAGCUCCUUCUGCAUUGCGACAUGGGUGCCGUGCGAGAGACCGAAACCCCGAACGAGCCCGCCAGAGGCGACACGGCCACGGCGCGGCCUUGGUCCGGCGUGGUCUCGUGUGGCUUGGUGUGUUGCCUCGCGGCGGUGGCGAUCUUGGACCCGAAGCGCCCGUUCUUCGGCUGCGGUGGCAACCGAAGCGUCGGAUUCGGACACGAAUCGCAUCGCCCGAGGGAAAUCCGCUUCUGGUCCGGAGCGUGCCCGUCGCCGAAAUCCCUCCGUGCCGACAAUGCUGCCUGCUGCUGCUCCAUCACGGACUACGGCGUGAGUCGACAGCGUUGCGAUGAGACGAGGCAUUUUUUGUGGUUGGAAGUCUUGUGGUAGUGGGAAAGAGCCGGGUGCGUUGUAGUUUCGUUCACACCGGAAUCCAUUGGACUCAGCUCCCCUCUUUUUUUGUUUUUCGUUCUUGUGGCCAUUGCGAGACAGGCCGUGGGGGACAAUUCGACCCUUAACACGCUCUCCAUACAGUCGGCGAUCGACGAAUGCCACGAAACGUGUGGUCUCGAUUCCGGAAUUCCAGUCGGUACGUUCGAACGGAAGCCCUACAAGCCGGGGCCCACCGAGGUCUCGGUCGUCUAUGUUCCGAGGGGUGUCUUUCGGACGGGUUCGCUGGAGCUGCGCUCCAACCAGCGCUUCCACCUCGGGAGGGGUGCGUCGAUCUACGGGUCGGACGAUCCGAGCGACUACCCCCUCGUCCCGAUGAUCCCCAACGGAUACGUGACCGGCGUGUCUUCCAUGUUUAGGGCACUUCUGAGCGGAACCGAUCUCUCCAACGUGGCCAUUACCGGCGAGAACGAUGGCUAUGCCCCGGGGCUCUUUGCGGGGUUCGAGUCGGGAAACGUUGCCGCGGCCACCGGUCCGAGUGGUGCCGGCGGUGUCACGGGCGGCCCUCGCCGCGACCGCUACAACGGCCACGACGAUGCCGACGACUCUUCGCUGUCCGUGAUCGACGGAAUGGGAUGGAAAUGGUGGUGCAAAGCGAGGUAUGUGCGCAAUGCAUUUGGUGGCGUUCUGCGUUCUGCGCGCUGCGAUUGCGAUUCGCGAAAGCAGAAAAGGCGARGCGGGCACUAGUGAAGGAAUGGUUCACGCUGCCUACAACACUCACUUCUGUCGUAUCUGCUCUAUGUUGUGAUGCGAACCAAAAAGAUCGAUGCCGAUUCCACAAGAUUACUGCAACGAAUUCAAUCCGGACAACGAAACAAUCCCCAGCCAUCUGUUUCGGCCAAAGCUCAUCGAGUUUGACAAUUCUACGAACAUUAUCCUUGACCGAUUCACGGCAAGGAACUCCCCGGUGUGGUUCAUCCAUCCGUUUCUGUCCAAGAACAUUGCCAUGACCAACCUCACGGUGCUGGCACCAAGAGAGAUCGGUAACACGGACGGAUUGGAUCCCGAUUCGUGCGAGAAUGUCCUGAUGGACUCGUGCUACAUCGACGUGGGAGACGACGGGGUUUCAAUCAAGGUGAGUUGCUUCCGUACGGUUGUAUUGAAUGGGUCCCGUGUGACGCAUCGCAACGAAAACAACCCACUGACACCAUUUCUUUCUUGGUUGCUGCUGCUUCCGGCGGUGCAGAGCACGAACCAUACGCGCCUGAUGGCCCAAACACGAAACGUCACUAUGCGUAACUUGCGGAUCGUGAGUAGAAACUGGUGCAUCGGAUCGGCAACCUAUGGAGGGAUCUAUGAUAUACUGUUCGAAGACAGCACCAUUGGCGAUCCCGAUGCGGUAAGUCAAUACAGCAGAGCCAUAAAAUCGUCUCGACUAUGUUUUUACCAUCCUACUUUUUGCACUCGAGGAGCCCUGGCUGACCAUUGUCUACUUUCUGCUGAUCUAUACGAAUCCUGCCGCAGGUCACUAGUCCGUGGGCCAUCAAAUUC